AUGGUGGCCAAACCACACCAGCUGCGUUUUCCUGGUGGUGGUCGCAAGCCCGUAUCGAGCACCAUGGAAGAUCUACUAUACGAUGAAAUCAUAAACAAGCGCCUCAAGAAAGAAAAGGUGACCAAGACGUGGAUCUCCGACAUGGGUGCUGCCAUUUAUGCAUCUCUCCGCGAAGACGACAUCCUGCAAGAGAGGUUCGCUGCGUCACAGCACUGGGUCGCAAACUUCAUGGCUCGGUACGGCCUCUCGCUACGUCGUCGCACCAACUUGACCGUUCUGACCGAUGAAGUUGUCAUCGAACGAGCGGUUAGCAACAUGCGGUUCCUGCAAGAGCAACGGCCACACAACUACCAAGACUGGUUUGUUGCUCAACAUGACGUGUACGGUACGUUGUUUCGAGAAAGCUACAAGACGGACGGUAACAGCAGUGUGGACGGAUGUUUUCAACCUUGA